AUGGAUGAAGGGACAGAACUCGUAGAGGCCUAUGACUAUCUGUUCAAGCUCAUCGUCAUCGGCGAGGCCGGGACAGGCAAGUCGUGUCUCCUCUACCAGUGCAUCCACGAGACCUUCAAAGAGCACUCUGCACACACUAUCGGCGUCGAGUUCUCGUCUCGUACACUGCGCAUCGGCGACCGCAGCGUCAAGUUGCAGCUCUGGGACACUGCCGGCCAAGAACGUUUCCGGUCCGUCACGAGGAGUUACUACCGCGGCGCCGCCGGUGCGAUUCUCGUAUACGACAUCACCAGGCGGUCAACCUUUGACAACUUGGACCGGUGGCUUGCGGAUGCACGCGCCCUGGCGUCGCCGCAUCUCGUCCUGGUCCUCGUUGGUAACAAAAAGGACAAGGAUGAGGACAGGGAGGUGGAGUAUGCCGAGGGAGAGCGUUUUGCGCAGGAGAAUGGCCUCCUUUUUGUCGAGACCUCGUCCUUGACGGGCGAGAACGCCUCCACUCCUUUCCUCCUGGCCGCACGAUCAAUCCUCGACGCGAUCGAUGCCGGUACGCUGGACCCGGACGGGCCCGGUACAGGAUAUGACAGCUAA